AUGGCGGAUUCGGACGAUAAAUCUCCAGCUAUGGAAGGUGUCGAGAAUCCUCCGGAUACUAUCCGUACAAUAACACCUUUAACACCUGACACAGGCCGAUCUUCCCUAUGGAUGGCAACUGGCUUCUACUCUAGUGAAGAAGCUAGACGUCGGAGAUUGAGUAAGCAACGGGAAAGUAUCGAGCUAGCUCAGCUAGCUCCUGGCACUCGUGUCAUGUUCCUUCUAAAGGAAACACAGGAAGCUCCAGCUGUAUUCUCCGAAAUGGAAGAACUCGGGGAAACAGAAUGGAGAGAAACAGCAAGAUGGGUGAAGUUCGAAGAAGAUGUAGAACAAGGAGGUAAUCGAUGGUCAAAGCCUCAUGUUGCAACGUUAUCUCUUCAUUCUUUAUUUGAAUUGAGAAGUUGUCUCAACACAGGAUUAUUUAUGAAAGAUAUACCAGAAACAGAUCUUAACGACAUAUAUGAACAUGUAACGGAGUCUUUUGUGAAAGAUGGCUUUCUUCCUGAAGAAAUGCGGGAGGAGCUUAUGGAAGUUCUACGAAGAAAGCAUGUCCAUCAAUAUGAACAAGCCAAGAAAAACGGAAGUUCCGGGGAGAAGGGUGGCUUCUUAUCGACAGUACGCUCCAUAUCUGACAUAGGAAAGUCAUUCUCACAUGGCAGAAACUUGGGAAAAUUGGAUGAUAAGAAAGAGCCCUCAGGGCCUCAGCUGGAACUACCAAAAGUAGAUUCAAUGCCAAAAGAAAUGAACAAAGAUGGCUCAUCAGCUGACUUGAAAGGAAAUACACAUUUUCUGAAAAAACUUCCACCAGGGGUGGAGGCUAGUAACGUACUCGUUGGAGAAGUAGACUUUUUAACUCACCAUAUUAGUGCUUUCAUUCGUCUGAAAUCCUCAACAGUAUUGGGAGAUCUGACCGAAGUUCCAGUACCCACAAGGUUCAUAUUCCUCUUGCUCGGACCUCGUGGUCAUGGAGCCAAUUAUCGCGAGAUCGGAAGAGCUUUCGCUACUUUGAUGGCUGAUGAAAUUUUCCAUAUGGUCGCUUUCAACGCAGCAUCUCAAGAUGAUUUGUUAGCUGGUGUUGACGAAUUUCUUGAUCAAGCAACUGUUCUCCCACCUGGUGAAUGGGAUCCUGCUAUCAGAAUUGAACCUCCUAAUUCUAUUCCUUCACAAGAAAAACGUAAACAGGUUGGACAAGAGUUGUUAUUAAGCUUGGAAAAUGUGGAAGUUUCGAAGAAAGUCAAGCUAGAUGUUGAGGAAGAGGAAGAAGCAGGACAUGGCAAUGAUCCAGCUUUGAAACGUACGGGAAAAUUAUGCGGAGGUGUUAUUUUGGAUAUCAAAAGAAAGGCUCCUCAUUUCCUUUCUGACUUCACCGAUGCUCUCAACCUUCAAUGCUUAGCUUCAAUCUGUUUCAUGUAUUUCGCUCUCUUAGCACCAAUUGUCACUUUCGGAGGAUUGCUUGAAGAAGCUACACAUCAGAGAAUGGCGGCUAUGGAAAAUAUAUUUGGAGGAGCCAUUUGCGGAAUUGUUUACCAUCUUUUCUCUGGCCAGCCUUUGACCAUCGUUGGAUCAACUGGUCCUGUGCUUGUUUUCGAAACGAUUGUCUUCGAUAUGUGUCAAAGAUUGGGAAUUAAAUAUCUGAGUUUCCGUGUUUGGGUUCAUAUAUGGACUGGCUUGAUCAUCUUCCUCAUGUGUAUCACAGAUGCCAGUGCUCUGGUUUCUUAUAUUACCCGUUUCACUGAGGAGUCUUUUGCCACUUUGAUUGCUAUCAUCUUCAUAUACGAAGCUAUCAUGAAGUUAUGGAAAAUCAAAGGACAACUAGAUGUCAUCAACUAUUCACGAGAUGUUGUUGAAGGCACAUGUUUCUGUCAACCUCCUCUCAUUCCUAAACUACCUUUGGACAAAGCUUUGGACUACAUAAAUCAUCACAAUAUCACCGUUGAACAUAACUCCACUUACAUUGACUAUACAAGCGCAACUAUCAACGACUGUGGUAGAAUCGGUGGAUCGUACGGAGGAGAUGCUUGCUAUGUCAUGUACGAUAAACUGCUCAUGUCAAUUCUGCUCGCCGUCGGAACAUUGUUCCUUUCCUUCACGUUGAAGGGAAUGAGAACUUCACGUUACUUCCCUAGCCGUAUUCGUCAAAUCUUUUCUGAUUUCGCUGUCAUGAUUGCUAUUGUUUUGAUGACUCUGGUGGACUUGGCCAUCGGCAUUAAUACACCCAAAUUGAAUGUUCCAUCAUCCUUCAGACCUACUUGGCAUGGACGUGGUUGGUUUAUCCCUCUCUUCGACGGAAAUCCAUUCUGGACUUGUGCCUUGGCCGUUCUCCCUGCUUUAAUCGCUUGUAUUCUCAUUUUCAUGGAUCAACAAAUUACAACUGUUAUUGUCAAUAGAAAGGAAAACAAGCUGAAGAAGGGCUGUGGUUACCAUCUUGACUUACUUAUCUUGGCCGCUUUGAUUCUAGUUGUCGGAAUUUUGGGUUUACCCAUAUAUGUCGCUGCCACCGUCCUCUCCAUCAAUCAUAUUAACUCCCUUAAAGUAGAAAGUGAAAGCAAAGCACCUGGAGAAGUUGCUCAAUUUAUCGGAGUCAGAGAACAACGCUUGACUGGAAUUGUCACUUUCCUCCUCAUUGGUCUGUCAGUUUUGAUCACUGGAACACUAGGACACAUUCCCAUGCCUGUCUUAUACGGAGUUUUCCUUUAUAUGGGUAUUUCCGCUCUUGGAGGAAUUCAACUAUUUGAUAGAAUGCUGCUCUUCUUGAUGCCCAUGAAAUAUCAGCCUGAUACCAUCUACAUUCGACAUGUGCCAAUCAAGAAAAUUCACUUGUUCACAGCUUUCCAAGUCGGUUGUUUGGCAGUCUUAUGGACAGUGAAAUCAAUAAAAUCUACAUCAAUCUUUUUCCCUGUUAUGUUGGUUGUUAUGGUAGCUGUUCGUAAACUGAUGGAGAAGUUCUUCACAACUGAAGAUUUGAAAUACUUGGACGAUCCAAUGCCUGAUUUCCAUUUAAGGAAGAAAGAAGACUUGAAAAGAAGACAGAGCGAAAGUGGAGGAGAUGUAGUGGAAAUUGAAAUGGAAGAAAAUCAAGCAACAAUCCAUGCUGUUAAGACGGAAGCCCAUCUACAUAUUCCUAUGACCAGUGGGAAUGUAAUUAAGAUUCCCUUGGCUGCUAUUCAAGAACCAUCUCACUCCAUUAACAUGACAAAAGAAGUUAACAACAGUGGCAUGUGGAAGCAUAUUUCUUCGAAUGAUUCUAAAUCAUCGCUAACAAGAGAACAACACACUCACAAGAACAUUCCAAGCGAAGCUCCCCUCGAAGCCCCAGAAGAGGACGAAGAUGCCAUAAUGAUUAAAGUGAUCCGUCCAAGUCCUCAUGGAUCUUUCAACGAAAUGGGUGAAGAACAGCCUCUGUUGAAGGGUAAUGAGCCGAAGGAGGAGAAGGAUGACCAACCACCACCUGUCUAA